AUGGUAAGUACAGAGCAAGGAGUGUCAGGGCACAAGCUACAUCCUCCAUUCUUAUAUAACUAGAGAACAAGAACCAUCUGUUUUGUACGUUUUAUUUCUAUCGACAUUCAGUACCAAAUGAAUGAAUUGCACCAUACUGUAAUCAUAACGUCAUACUGACAAUGAUGCAACUUUUAUGAACAAAUUUGUCUCUUCUCAGAAAAUAAACUAAUCUUAUUUAGUUUGUGAAUUAAUAUUGCCAAUGCAGACUUGCACAUACGUUAUUAACUUCCUCUGUAAUGUUCUUAGUUUGCUUUAGUCUUUUGGGGAGGGUUGGUUCUGUUGUAAGACCUGUAAUUAGGUCUACAUGUAGAGGAAUCUGGGUCAGAGCUCUGGUGCUGUGUAGGCUUACUAGGCUAUUUGCUGCUGUUUUGAAGUGUAUGGUAGAAUGGACUAAGGACUGGAGCAGUAGCCUAUAGCUACUAUCCUUCUCAUUUCUAUUAUCUUACUCGCUCUCGCAUUUCUUCUCUCUGUCUCUCUCUCAUUUAUUCUCUCUCUCUGUGUCUCUCAUUUCGUCUCACUCUUGCUGGCUCUGGCUUCCUGCUUCUCUCUCUCUCUGUGUGUGUGUACCCCAGGGCACCUGGCUGAGACAGAUGUGUAGCAGGGCACAGAGGAACAUGCAGGGCAUAUGUUGAGGAUUAGCUGGGAUUCUGGGAUUGUUUUGCUUAGUGAUCACACUGUGUUUUCUGCACUGUGUGUUUUGGCCUGAUAGUGCUCACAGAGGAAGGGACUCAGUGUGGCGGUAUUGAGUGUUCUAAGCCAUUUUGAUUCGGGACUGACCACAAAAUGACCCAGCCCUCCAAGACCAUUUGCACUUGAGCUGUGCGUUUGCAUGUCCAGGCACUUUGCCCUAUAUCUUGGUCCCUAGUGUUAUGUAUCAUGCAGACUGUCUUCUCUACCAUUUUGUCAUGGUAACAGCAAUCUCUUGCUUUUUCUAUUUCUCUCCCCGUCUUCUUUUUUCCUGCACAGACCAACAUCCCCUUCCUCCAGAACGUUCUGAGUAACGAUCAAUUCCUGUACGGCACCGUUGACACCCAGUUCAUAGAUGAGAACCAGGAACUCUUCAAUCUCAAGCCGGUCCAGAACCGAGCCCAGAAGCUGCUGCACUACCUGGGUAAAAUGAUGUCUUCAAUUCACAAUUUAAAAUAAUUUAUUUAGGAAUUCUUUGUCUCUUUAUGUUGGUAUAGCUCAGGGUUGCCCAACCCUGUUCCUGGAGAGCUACCCUCCUGUAGGUUUUUGCUCCAACCCCAGGUGUUACUAACCUGAUUUCAUCUUAUCAACCUGCUAAUUAUUAGAAUCAGGUGUGCUAGAUUAGGGUUGGAGCAAAAACCUACAGGACUAUAGCUCUCCAGGAACAGGGUUGGGCAGUCCUGGUAUAGUUUAUUAUAUUUCAACUUUAGACACCACUUACUCAGUCAUCUGACGUGUAGCUAAUGAUGGUCUUGAUUCGUUAAAAAAUUGAAGCUUCCCUCCCUAGAUCAAGAUGUGAGAUAGUUAGUUGAAUUCAUACCUGGCUGGAAUUAAAGCCUUUUUAGGGCACAACCGUUUGUUCAAGCAUCGCCUACCCAUGGAGUCUAUUGUAUUGUACAUCACGUCCUUGACUCCACUGAACACUCUGACAACAUCCGUUCAAACAAAUGACACCUUUGCUAUGAAUAAUUAUUUACCAGUGCAUUCGGAAAGUAUUCAGACCCCUUCCCUUUUUCCACAUUUUGUUACGAAACAGCCUUAUUCUAAAAUGAAUUAAAUAAAUACAAAUCCCAUCGAUCUACACACAAUACCCCAAAAUGACAAAGCGAGAACAGGUUUUUAAAUUUUUUUGCUUAUUUAUUAAAAAUAAACAAAUACCUUAUUUACAUAAGUAUUCAGACCCUUUGCUAUGAGACUCGAAUUGAGCUCAGGUGCGUCCUGUUUCCAUUGAUCAUCCUUGAUGUUUCUACAACUUGAUUGGAGUCCACCUGUGGUAAAUUCAAUUAAUUGGACAUGAUUUGGAAAGGCACACACCUGUCCAUAUAAGGUCCCACAGUUGACAGUGCAUGUCAGAGCAGAAACCAAGUCAUGAGGUCGAAAGAAUUGUCCGUAGAGCUCCGAGACAGGAUUGUGUCGAGGCACAGAUCUGGGGAAGGGUACCAAAACAUUUCUGCAGCAUUGAAGGUCCCCAGGAACACAGUGGCCUCCAUCAUUCUUAAAUGGAAGAAGUUUGGAGCCACCGCCUGGCCAAACUGAGCAAUCGGGGGGAGAAGGGCCUUGGUCAGGGAGGUGACCAAGAACCCGAUGGUCACUCUCUGACAGAGCGCCAGAGUUCCUCUGUGGAGAUGGGAGAACCUUCCAGAAGGACAACCAUCUCUGCAGCACUCCACCAAUCAGGCCUGUAUGGUAGUGGCCAGACGGAAGCCACUCCUCAGUAAAAGGCACAUGACAGCCUGCUUGGCGUUUGCCAAAAGGCAUCUAAAGGACUCUCAGACCAUGAGAAACAAGGUUCUCUGGUCUGAUGAAACCAAGAUUGAACUCUUUGGCAUGAAUGCCAAGCGUCACAUCUGGAGGAAACCUGGCACCAUCCCUAUCAGGAUCGAGGGAGCAAAGUACAGAGAUCCUUGAUGAAAACCUGCUCCAGAGCGCUCAGGACCUCAGACUGGGGAGAAGGUUCACCUUCCAACAGGACAAUGACCCUAAGCACACAGCCAAGACAAUGCAGGAGUGGCUUCGGGACAAGUCUCAAUGUCCUUGAGUGGCCCAGCCAGAGCCCGGACUUGAACCCGAUCGAACAUCUCUGGAGAGACCUGAAAAUAGUUGACAGAGCUUGAGAGGAUCUGCAGAGAAGAAUGGGAGAAACACCCCAAAUACAGGCGUGCCAAGCUUGUAGCGUUAUUCCCAAGAAGACUCGAGGCUGUAAUCGCUGCUAAAGGUGCUUCAACAAAGUACUGAGUAAAGGAUCUGAAUACUUAUGUAAAUGUGAUACUAUUUUUAAUACAUUUGCAAAACAUAAAACCUGUUUUUGCUUUGUCAUUAUGGGGUAUUGUGUGUAGAUUGAGGGGGGGAAAUACUAUUUAAUCCAUUUUAGAAUAAGGCUGUAACGUAACAAAUUUUGGACCAAGUCAAGGGUCUGAAUACUUUCCGAAUGCACUGUAUGCUAUCUGGAGUAAUGGUAUGCUUUUCUCCCAUAUCAUGUAGCGCUGUGAGUUGCCAGGGACCUCACGAUACGAUAUCAUCACAAUACUUAGGGAACGAUACAAUAUGUAUUGCGAAUGCUAUUCGGUAAUGCGAUUUGAUACCAAACAUAUUGCUCACCAUAUGUCUGCUGCAGAGGGACAAGAGAGAGCCAUGAGAAAAUUAGUUUUGAUCAUUCACGGAUAUAAAAGUGCUAAAAGUUCACUAUUUAAAAAGAAGAUGGAGAACAAGCUAUAGGAUGGGAAAAUACCAGAGUUUUGGCACAGGUAUAGCUGAUUUAGCGCCAGCUAAUGCAACCUAGCAAAGAAAAUCGAUACUUGGAGUCAAAGUUUCAAUGUAAUAUCGUCCAAAAUAAUAUUGCGGUAUUUAACUCUGGAUUUUUUCCCCAUCACUAAUAUAAUGUAUUGGUAGGUUUUACAUGCCUACGACAAUGGCCAACUCAGGUUUUCUGAUGCUCUCCUGCUGUCCUGUUUCAGGUCAUGUGAUGGUAAACGGACCCACUACUCCCAUACCGGUGAAGGCUAAGCCCUCAUCUAUCGAUCCUGUGAUCCCACCCAUUCCUCUGGGUAAGACUCCAAACAUCACAACCUCCUACCAGCUUUCUGUGAAACAUAUUUUUUUGUAGCAGCCCAUUUUGUCUUAAUCCAGUCAGUACAACAUAGUAAAAACUGUGUGUAUUUAUGUGGAUUAGGUGAGCCUCCGGUUGGGUUCCGUGACGUCCUGUUGAAGGAGGGUCCAGAGGGCUUUGCCAAGGCGGUGCGUGCCCACAAGGGUCUGCUGCUCAUGGACACCACCUUCAGAGAUGCCCACCAGUCUCUCCUGGCCACCCGCGUCCGCACCCACGACCUCAAACAGAUUGCCCCCUUCGUGGCCCACAACUUUAACAACCUCUUCAGCGUGGAGAACUGGGGAGGUGAGGAAAUCUUUGUUUACCACCAGUGCUCGCACUCUUUUAAAAAAAAAUGUAUUCUCUAUUUUCUAUUACCACACAUUUUCCAUUCUCAAUCUGCGCUUUCUGCUUUGCUCUGGCCGAUUCUGCCACCUGCCUAUGAUUUAGUGGCCUCAUUAUAAAUGUUAUAUUUUCAAAGAUCACAGUUGAGUUGAAAGGUCAAAUAGAAUUAACUGCUAGGGUCAAUUAAAAUAUGACACUGCCUCAGGGCCGGGUUCACAUCAUUGAGCAGAGCAAGUUAGUGUACUGUACUGUAUCUGGGUUAUUCAGGGGUGGGUUCUCCUCUCCUCAUGUCUCUGAGGAAAAGGAGGGCCCACUGUUGAAGUUGAUAUGGGCAGACUGACGGUACGUUUCUAAAUAAAGACUGAAGAAAGGCUCUGCCUCAUCUGUAGCAAAAUGACGUAUGAAAAUACAUGUUUUAUUUGGGUAACUCUUUUUACAAAAUAAGCUACAGGAGGUCACCUUAGCACCCUGAAAAGUGAAUCUACUGUGACAGUGUUCAAAAACAUUUUGAUGUUGAGGGAGCUGGACAUCAGACUAGGGAGAAAGUCCUUCCUUCUCUGUAUGAAUAGGAGAGAUUCAUAGUCUAUUCAGGAAAUCUGUCCAUAUACUGUCUAGUAGAUACAGAAGCAGUCCAAAUGCUGAUGUUUAUGGACUUUAUCAUUUACAUUUUACUCUUAUCCAGAGCGACUUACAGGAGCAAUUAGGGUUAAGUGCCUUGCUCAAGGGCACAUCGACAGAUUUUUCACCUAGUCGGCUCGGGGAUUAGAACCAGUGACCUUUUGGUUACUGGCACAACGCUCUUAACCACUAAGCUACCUGCCGCCCCAUCAUCAAUGGAGUCUGUUGCUAUGGCAGUUAUUGAUUGUUCCUCUUCUGUGCAGGUGCUACCUUUGAUGUGGCGAUGCGUUUCCUGUGUGAGUGUCCAUGGAAACGGCUGCAGGAGCUGAGGGCUCUGCUGCCCAACGUGCCCUUCCAGAUGCUGCUCAGAGGAGCCAACGCUGUGGGCUACACCAACUACCCCGACAACGCUGUGUUCAAGUCAGUACCUCUGCCCUGGUCAUGCACCCCUUAAUCCUAAUUCCAACCAGAACACGUAAAGCGUCACCUCAGCCCUCGCAGUUUGAGGGUCAUGCAUGGUAUUUCUUGAAAGCAUCACCCUUGAACCCAAGGGCACUUCACUUGAAGCAUGCACUCAUCCAUUUUUCAAUUGUUCUGACCAGGUUCUGUGAGGUGGCCAAGGAGAACGGCAUGGAUAUCUUCCGUGUGUUUGACUCUCUGAACUACCUUCCCAACCUGAUGCUGGGUAUGGAGGCUGCUGGGGCUGCUGGGGGCGUGGUGGAGGCCUCCAUCUCCUACACAGGAGACGUGUCUGACCCCAUGAGGCAGAAGUACUCUCUGGAGUACUACCUGAAGCUGGCUGAUGAGCUGGUCAGAGCUGGAACACAUAUACUGAACAUCAAGGUACUUUAGGGUGGCUCUGAACCAAACCCACUGAUGUAGUUUAUCUCAACCAAUUACAUGUUCUAUUUAUAUUACACUAUUUAUAAAUACUUUCGUCAGUGACUCGGGCAUAAAUAACUAAAGAGAAAGGAGUCGUGUCAUGUUGUUGACUCCUCUAUCCUCCUGCAGGACAUGGCAGGGCUGCUGAAGCCUGAGUCCAGCCGCAUGCUGGUUGGUGCUCUGAGGGACCGUUUCCCUGACAUGCCCAUCCACGUCCACACCCACGACACGGCAGGCGCCGGCGUGGCCGCCAUGCUGGCUUGUGCCGAGGCCGGGGCCGACGUCGUAGACGUCGCUGUGGACUCCAUGGCUGGGAUGACAUCACAGCCCAGCAUGGGAGCUAUUGUCGCCUGCACCAAGGGAACCAAACUCAACACAGGUGAGCUGCCAGCCAAUAGAGGACAACUAAAGUGAGCUGCCAGCCAAUCAAGAACAAAUAUAAAAAGCUGACCGGUUGUGUACACACACACACAGUGGGGGAGCAGUGAACCACUUUUUCAUUCUUUGUUGGUAUGUUGUCGCAUUUAACAAGGUAAAAGGCUGAGACCUUUACCCCCACGAAAGCAUGCUACAUUCAACAAUGGCAAGGAAAACCAAUGAAGAGAGACAAUAUUAUGCAGUCAUGAUAAGUCAUGAAAAUGUAGCUACUGACUCAAGCUGUUUAUGGCUGUAGAAAUGGGUAGUUAAUUCGUAUGUAUGACAUCCUCAAGUGUUUUUAAAGAUCCAUUUUCUGUUUGUGACGGAGGUUACUCUGCCUAGAUGGCUCUGAAUAACACUUCAAAAUGUGUUUGUAGAACCGACUGCAACAGCUAGUGACAAUUUAAUUAUGCUGACGCUUAGUGCAUAUUCCCACUGCGGUUGAGAAAAAACAAACGACUGUCUUAAUGGAUAUAACCCAAAGAAUAUGGUACACAUGGGAGGCGAUACUGUACAUGUGCAGACGGUAAUGUAAAAAGGGCCAAAUGAAGCAUGAUUGUUGCAGAGAGGGGCAGAGAGAGAAAUAGAAAGAGAGAAAUGGAGAGAGAGAACUAGGGGAAAAGGCAGAGGGAGAGAGUGGCAGAAAGAAAGGGCACAAGGAAGGUCGCCGCACACAGCCGUCAUUUCACAGCUCACAUACAACCCUGCGACCUUCAGUUAAUUGAGACAUUACAGCAGCAGGCAAGUCUUAACCCGAUGUAGUAACCUUGGCCUGCAAGGCUCCGUGAAGGUCUGUCUCAGCGUGGGAACAGGAAUGUGGUCAGAACCAAGUUCCCCUGGCUGCAGCCAGCCAUGUUGUUGCUAGGGGAACGGCGGUGAGACCAGAUCAUUGCCCUUGUGUUGAGGUGUUAUUCAGGAGGGAAUCCGUCAGCUGCAGGCUAGUGUUGCCUGUUAUCACCCUGCCACCAGCCGUGACUGACGGUUACCGUGUGCUUUGAUACACCAACGAUGGCAGACAAGGUGAAAGGCUGUUCUUUCAUUCAUAUUGGUUCAAUGAACAAAGAGCAGCAGAUGAAAUGGGAAACCCUUUGAAAUAUUCUCACAACUGAUGAGCAUUUAAUCUAAUCUCGCCAUAUAACUUUUUUUUCUUCAAUUAAUCAGGCUUUGAUUAGCUGCUUGUAAGCCCUUAAUUACUGAAAUAAAGUGGCUGAAAAUAAAAUAAGGGAGUUGCUGUUUGUUUGUUUUGAAUUGAACAACACUUGAGAAUAUAAUGAAUUAGUCAUGAGGAGCAUGGAGGUAGUAGCUGCUCUGAAAUGACUUGACCAUGUACUGGUGUACGAUUGGGGAAUAUUACGCUACCUGAGCACAAUGAGCAGUUAACAGCUAGUUCAUUGUUUCUCAUUCUAAUCCAGUUAUCUAAAUGUCCUCUUUAGAAAAUGAAAUAUGGCAGGACAGAAUUAGAAGACAAUCAAUGGUGUGAAAUUGGGUAGUUUUCAAAAUGAUAUAACCCAGACAUUGUUUUGUUGGAUGCGAGUCGUUGAAAGCGCAGACAGCCUAGAGGUGCAAUUUAGCAUCUUUGUUUUGCUGGUUCCAAUGUUCCAUUUCAGAACGUGUGUAUCUAUGGUCUCCAAAUUCCCUCAUUCAGGUAAUUACUAUUCAAGGUCAUAAAACAUAACUAUAAGAUGUCCUGUUUGAGUGUGUGUAUGAAUGCAGUUAGAAUCCCAUCAGAAUGCUCACAUUCUGGGAAAAAGACAUGUUAUUUUCGUUGUUGAUUUUGUGUAUUUCUCUAAGUCUACCUGUCUCCCCCUCCUGCUCCUUUUCACUGAGUACAAGGCUGCCUAGGUAAUUGAAAUGUCAGGGGGAUGUCAUUUGCCCAAGAAAAUGUGGUAUCAAGUUACAAUUCCCUUCUCUCUUUGCAAUGUUGCGCUUUAGUGCCAUACAAUUUUUAUAAAUGUAUUGUAAAAUAACUUCUAAAUUCAUUCCAAAUAGGCUACAAUUUGGGCAUUCAUGCAUGAGACAGGAUGACAAGACUGCUCUAAUUCGUAGUUCUUCCCACUCAUACCCUCUCUUACUUGUCUAAGCUCUCUCUGGUCUACAACUGCCUUGGUCCUGCUGACAUUGGUCAUAUUUAUUGGUAGUACUUAUUUGUACUUGUUUGCUGAAAAUCCUCAAGUGCCUCAUUUCAUCUUACUCUUUUUCACCUUUUCUCUUUUCCAUGAUCCCAUCUUCUCAUUCACAUGCUUCUGCUCUUAAAUGACUUCUGAGGUCUUCACUCCUUUAAUCUUUCCAUCCAUAUUUGAUCUCUGCAUCAUGUUCUCUCCCGUGAUGCUUAUAGAUCAUCUUUAAGUCGGCUCUAGUCCUCUGAGGGACAGGAACUGUGGUCAAUGUCAUGCUCUCUCUCGCUUUCUCAUUCCCUUGCUAUUCUCUCUUUUCAUUUUCCUCCUCUCUGCUGAUGUUUAUGUACCAACAGAUGUGUAUGGAUGAAGGAGUGGGAAGCUUCAGAUUGAUGCUAAUAUCCAAGCUUAAAAUUCUGUGGUCUCUGAGAUGGAUAGGGAGAAUGUGUGUGGGUGGGGUGGGGGGGUUGUCUGUUUGAGUGUUGUCAGCUGAAGCAUGGAGGUAAUUGUAAUUACCGCAAUUUGAUAGGUCAUCGGGGUUAAAUGCGCGUUCAGUGUAUUGGCAGCAAAGAGGGUGCAUUGAUUGACUGACUGAUGUUCUUGCUUUGGAAGCCAGUGAACGCGUAAGUGGCGGGCACCCACUGAUAGACUUUAAUGUAUUCUCUGGCAUGCCUCCCACAUGCAAUAGAUUAACACAACACGUUUAACAAGAAUGUUUCAUUGUAUUUGCAUCUGUAGAUGCCUAUAUACACUGAACAAAAAUAUAAAUGCAACAUGUAAAGUGUUCCCAUGUUUAAUGAGCUGAAAUCAAAUAUCCCAGAAAUGUUCCAUAUGCACAAAAAACUGAUUUCUCUCAAAUUGUGCACAAAUUUGUUUACAACACUGUUAGUUAGUGAGCAUUCCUCCUUUGCCAAGAUAAUCCAUCCACCUGACAGGUGUGGCAUAUCAAGAAGCUGAUUAAACAGCAUGAUCAUUUCACAGGUGCACCUUGUGCUGGGGACAAUAAAAGGCCACUCUAAAAUGUGUGGUUUCGUCACACAACACAAUGCCACAGAUGUCUCCAUGUUUUGAGGGAGUGUGCAAUUGGCAUGCUGUCUGCUGGAAUGUCCACCAGAGCUGUUGCCAGAUAAUUUAAUGUUAAUUUUUCUACCAUAAGCCGUCUCCAACAUAGUUUUAGAGAAUUUGGCAGUACGUCCAACCGGCAUCACAACCGCAGGCCACCUGUAACCACGCCAGACCGGGAUCUCCACAUCCGGCUUCUUCACCUGCGGGAUUGUCUGAGACAGCCACCCGGACAGCUGAUGAAACUGUGGGUUUACACAACCAAAGAAUUUCUGCCCAAACUGUCAAAAACCGUCUCAGGGAAGCUCAUCUGCAUGUGCAUCGUCCUCACCAGGGUCUUUACCUGACUGCAGUUCGGCUUCGUAACCGACGUCAGUGGGCAGAUGCUCACCUUCGAUGGCCACUGGUAUGCUGGAGAAGUGUGCUCUUAAUGGAUGAAUCCGGGCAGAUGGCCAGACAGCGUGUAUGGCGUCGUGUGGGCGAGUGGUUUGCGGAUGUCAACGGUGUGAACAGAGUGCCCCAUGGUGGCAGUGGGGUUAUGGUAUGGGCAGGCAUAAGCUAUGGACAACGAACACAAUUGCAUUUUAUUGAUUUGCAAUUUGAAUGCACAGAGAUACCGUGACGAGAUCCUGAGGACAAUUGUCAUGCCAUUCAUCUGCCGCCAUCACCUCAUGUUUCAGCAUGAUAAUGCACCCCCCAUGUCGCAAGAAUCUGUACACAAUUCCUGGAAGCUGAAAAUGUCCCUGUUCUUCCAUGGCCUGCAUACUCACCAGACAUGUCACCCAUUGAGCAUGUUUGGGAUGCUCUGGAUGGACGUGUAUGACAGCGCGUUCCAGUUUGCCAAUAUCCAGCAACUUCGUGCAGGCAUUGAAGAGGAGUGAGACAACAAUUCCACAGGCCACAAUCAACCACUUGAUCAACUCUAUGCGAAGGAUACAGUGGGGAAAAAAAGUAUUUAGUCAGCCACCAAUUGUGCAUGUUCUCCCACUUAAAAAGAUGAGAGAGGCCUGUAAUUUUCAUCAUAGGUACACGUCAACUAUGACAGACAAAUUGAGGAGAAAAAUCCAGAAAAUCACAUUUUAGGAUUUUUUUAUGAAUUUAUUUGCAAAUUAUGGUGGAAAAUAAGUAUUUGGUCACCUACAAACAAGCAAGAUUUCUGGCUCUCACAGACCUGUAACUUCUUCUUUAAGAGGCUCCUCUGUCCUCCACUCGUUACCUGUAUUAAUGGCACCUGUUUGAACUUGGUAUCAGUAUAAAAGACACCUGUCCACAACCUCAAACAGUCACACUCCAAACUCCACCAUGGCCAAGACCAAAGAGCUGUCAAAGGACACCAGAAACAAAAUUGUAGACCUGCACCAGGCUGGGAAGACUGAAUCUGCAAUAGGUAAGCAGCUUGGUUUGAAGAAAUCAACUGUGGGAGCAAUUAUUAGGAAAUGGAAGACAUACAAGACCACUGAUAAUCUCCCUCGAUCUGGGGCUCCACGCAAGAUCUCACCCCGUGGGGUCAAAAUGAUCACAAGAACGGUGAGCAAAAAUCCCAGAACCACACGGGGGACCUAAUGAAUGACCUGCAGAGAGCUGGGACCAAAGUAACAAAGCCUACCAUCAGUAACACACUACGCCGCCAGGGACUCAAAUCCUGCAGUGCAAGACGUGUCCCCCUGCUUAAGCCAGUACAUGUCCAGGCCCGUCUGAAGUUUGCUAGAGUGCAUUUGGAUGAUCCAGAAGAGGAUUGGGAGAAUGUCAUAUGGUCAGAUGAAACCAAAAUAGAACUUUUUGGUAAAAACUCAACUCGUCGUGUUUGGAGGACAAAGAAUGCUGAGUUGCAUCCAAAGAACACCAUACCUACUGUGAAGCAUGGGGGUGGAAACAUCAUGCUUUGGGGCUGUUUUUCUGCAAAGGGACCAGGACGACUGAUCCGUGUAAAGGAAAGAAUGAAUGGGGCCAUGUAUCAUGAGAUUUUUAGUGAAAACCUCCUUCCAUCAGCAAGGGCAUUGAAGAUGAAACGUGGCUGGGUCUUUCAGCAUGACAAUGAUCCCAAACACACCGCCCGGGCAACGAAGGAGUGGCUUCGUAAGAAGCAUUUCAAGGUCCUGGAGUAGCCUAGUCAGUCUCCACAUCUCAACCCCAUAGACAAUCUUUGGAGGGAGUUGAAAGUCUGUGUUGCCCAGCGACAGCCCCAAAACAUCACUGCUCUAGAGGAGAUCUGCAUGGAGGAAUGGGCCAAAAUACCAGCAACAGUGUGUGAAAACCUUGUGAAGACUUACAGAAAACGUUUGACCUGUGUCAUUGCCAACAAAGGGUAUAUAACAAAGUAUGGAGAAACUUCUGUUAUUGACCAAAUACUUAUUUUCCACCAUAAUUUGCAAAUAAAUUCAUUAAAAAUCCUACAAUGUGAUUUUCUGGAUUUUGUUUUCUCAUUUUGUCUGUCAUAGUUGAUGUGUACCUAUGAUGAAAAUAACAGGCCUCUCUCAUCUUUUUAAGUGGGAGAACUUGCACAAUUGGUGGCUGACUAAAUACUUUUUUCCCCACUGUAUGUCUCGAUGCGUGAGGCAAAUGUUUUUUGUUUUGUUUUUUUUAAGGUAUCUGUGACCAACCAAUGUGUAUCUGUAUUCCCAGUCAUAUGAAAUCCAUAGAUUAGGGCCUCAUUUAUUUAUUUCAAUUGAAUGAAUUCCUUAUAUAAACUGUAACUCUGUCAAAUCUUUGAAAUUGUUGCAUGUUGCGUUUUUAUAUUUUUGUUCAGUGUAUCCCUGAUACCUCAGUGUCAUUAUUCUCUGUCCUGCCCUCUCUUUGACAGGCAUAUCCCUGGAGAAUGUGUAUGACUACAGUGAGUACUGGGAGGUUGCUCGCGGGCUCUAUGCCCCCUUUGACUGUACAGCCACUAUGAAGUCUGGCAAUGCUGACGUGUAUGAGAACGAGAUCCCUGGGGGCCAGUACACCAACCUGCAUUUCCAGGCUCACAGCAUGGGCCUGGGGCACAAGUUCAAGGAGGUGAAGAAGUCCUACACAGAGGCCAACAAGCUGCUGGGUGACCUCAUCAAGGUGAGACGACUGGCCACCUAUUCAAAUUUAAGUGAUAAAACUCACAAUCCGCAAUUCACAAAUUGUCUUUGUGCCUUUUUAAUUCUCUCUAUGAAAGCAGAUUUUUAAAAGGAUUCUUCUGAUUGAGGAGGAAAGUCGUUUUGAACUUCUGAAUUAAUUGCCCACUCAAUUUCUUCACUCACCAUCCUCUUUAGACUCUCUCUCAAUGAUGUGUGUGAGGGAGGCUGUACUGUGCCAAAAACUAAAUAAAACAAAAUGGGAAUACCUUUGCAGAAAGGGGAGCCAUUGAUCUCGCCGCAGCCUAACGUCAGAUUAACCAAGGAGCUUUGAGCAAGCUUAUCUGUUAUGUUCUCCACGCUUCUGUCUGAUCUCUCCAAUCAAUGGCAUCUUCUAGCAUUUAGUCUCGCCUUGCUGGUUUUCAUUUCCUAGGGCUAAUUAAAUGAUCAGCGAUAGUUGACUUUCUGUUCUUGUCCUCCUCCAUUUCCUUUGUUUCCUUCUAAUAUUGUCCAUAUCACAGGCACAGUGAAUCAGUCUGAGUGUCUGUUCAGUAGCGGACACGCUUACCUUGCUUUCAUUAUGCCUCUCUAUUCUCUCUCCUCUCUGCUACCUCUUUCCUUGUCUUGUCUGCAAAAAAAUCAUUUUUCUCAAACAAUUUCCCCCUGUUGACUACCACACUUCUGUUUACUUCUCUCACUCUCUUCUCUUGACUACCACACUUCUGUUCACUUCUCUCACUCUCUUCUCUUGACUACCACACUUCUGUUCACUUCUCUCGCUCUCUCUCUUUCUCUCAUGCUCGCUCGCUCGCUCUCUCUCCUCUCCUGACUACCACACUUCUGUUCACUUCUCUCGCACUUACUCUCUCAUUCUCUCUCGCUCUUUCGCUCAUUCUCUCUCGCUCGCUCUCUCCUCCUGACUACCACACUUCUGUUCACCUCCCUCUCUCUGUCCUCUCUCCUCUCCUGACUACCACUGUUCACUUCCAAUUUGCACACCAGCCUGGAAGUUACUAGGGUGAAACACAAUGGUCUAUGACAGAUGGGCUGUAGCACCAGUAAUGUUGUGGAUAACAUCUGUUGCUCGUCUCUCUCCACGUCUCCUCCGCCCACUCUGUGUCUCCCUGCCUGCAGGUGACCCCCUCCUCGAAGAUUGUGGGCGACCUGGCCCAGUUCAUGGUGCAGAACUCUCUGACGAGGGCGGAGGUGGAGGAGAGGGCUGAUGAGCUCUCCUUCCCCCUCUCUGUGGUGGAGUUCCUGCAGGGUCAUAUUGGCAUUCCACACGGAGGCUUCCCUGAGCCCUUCAGGUCCAAGGUAACACACACACACUCCACACCCACUUCACAAUUUCCCAAUAUGCCCUAGUUUUUUUCAGCACCCAACAACAUUGUUCUUUUUAACACACUGAUGGGCUAAUGUUUUCAAAUGAAAACUGUGUGUGCAUCACAAUCUAUCUCUCAUUGGGCAGCUGCACUUACAGUAAUCAAUAGCUUGCCCUUGGGAAUGGGGUACGGAGUGUAUAUGGAAAACAUGUAGCUAUUUUAUAUCUGCCUUUUCACAGCCAACCAUAAUGGCAGGAUUUGUAUUCCAGAUGAUAAGGUUUUUGUACUCCACUUACAUUUCAGUCGAUUUCUUUUAUAGAACAGAAAAGGCUGUUUUAAUAACCCAGUGCAAGAUCCCCUUAAGUCAUAGAAAUACUUCGUUUGUUUGAGAAGUUUGCAUUUUUUUUGUCUCCACUGUCCCUGGAGCUCGAUCACAAUUGUUUCUGUUUGAAAUUUGAAUAAAUAUAAUUUCUUUCCCCAUCUCUAAGAAAACCACAGUUACCCAGAAGCAUUUCUCUGGAAGAUCAAUUGUUUUCUAGGACAAAUUUGUGCCUCACAUCACCAGUGCACAAUGCAGUUCCCCUUGUUUUGUUUUCCAUUGGACGCACAGUGGCACUUGAGUAAUUUAUUUUGCAGUUCAUAAAUAAAUAGGCCAUCUGCUUAGCAUACAUCAUGUAUAACAAAGGAAUGGUACAGCCAUUAUGGAGCAGCUAUUUCAGCCAUCAUUUCCAACAGAUGCCUAGCAUUAUCUUUAUUCAUUAUUACACUCAUGUUUACUUGUGAUGUUCAAACGUUGCUUGUAGCCUGCCUAGCUCCCUUUGGCCUGUUAGUGGCUGAUUUCUAACCUCUGCUGCAGGUGCUGAAGAAUAUGCCACGUGUGGAAGGCCGCCCGGGUGCCUCUCUGCCCGCCAUGGACUUCCAGGCCCUAGAGAAACAGCUGCGAGAGACGCACGGAGAUGACAUCACUCCUGAGGAUGUGAUGUCAGCAGCCAUGUACCCCAAGGUGUUCCAGGAGUUCAAGGAGUUCACCCAUCAGUUUGGCCCUGUAGACUGCCUCAACACACGCCUGUUCCUCGAUGGACCCAAGAUCGCUGAGGAGUUUGAGGUCAGUCUCACCAUUUGCGUUCAUUCAUAUUCUUCAAGUGGAUGAGAAGUGAUUCAUUUGACAUGAACUGACUGAUUACAAUAUAUUUGCUUACAUGUUCUGUUUUCCUCGGAUCACACUUCCUGUGUCCCUGUGUCUGUCAGGUGGAGUUGGAGCGAGGGAAGACCCUCCACAUCAAAGCCCUGGCCCUGGGAGAUCUCAACAAGGCUGGCCAGAGGGAGGUGUUCUUUGAGCUGAAUGGAGCGCUCAGAUCUGUCCUGGUCAAGGAUACAGUGGCCAUGAAGGUACAGUACAUAGUUACAACGCAUAAUAACAAAUUAAAGCUAUUCUCACUGUUUUAGAAGUUGUUUAACCUCACCAUUAUAUAUCUCAAUAGACACAUUGGUGUUCCUGCAAACUCACCAAGUGUACUCUCUCUGACCCGCCCCCCCAUCCAGGAGAUGCACUUCCACCCCAAGGCGCUGAAGGAUGUGCGUGGCCAGGUGGGGGCUCCCAUGCCGGGGAAGGUGGUGGAGGUGAAGGUGAAGCAGGGCCAGACGGUGGAGAAGGGCCAGCCUCUGUGUGUGCUCAGCGCCAUGAAGAUGGAGACGGUGGUCAACUCUCCCCUCUCUGGCACAGUGGUCAAGAUCUACGUCAACGCCGACAGCAGCCUGGAGGGAGACGACCUCAUCCUGGAGAUCACUGAGUAGAACAGGACAGGGCACCAGUAGGAACCAUUAAUAUGAGCACAACCUUAGCCCCUUCAGUCGCACGCGCUAAAGUACAAUUCCAACUGUUGAGAGGGAGGCGGGGAGGGAAAUGGAUCUAUUUUUGAAAUUCUGGAAAAAAUAUAUAGUAUGAUUGAUUGUAAUCUAUUAAUGAACUAACGUUUAUUUUUUUGUUUAUUGGAGAGCUUCCUGUGGUGAUUGCUCUUGUGAUAUGUAUGGUAAUCCACUGUCACUUUAGAAACUGAAAAGAACAAUCAUUAACCAUUAAUCAUGACUUGGAAGGGAAUUAAAUCUAGAAGUUUUCAUAUUAAUAUAUUAAUGUUAAUCAAUAUACGUCAUUGUCUAAUGCUUUCCUGAAGAGUUAAAUUGCUGAGGCUAUGCCAAUAUGAAGAUGAAUGAUGCAAUAAAUAAGUAGAAAGCAAUUGAUAAGCCGUUGACAUUCUGGUAUUUAGUGUAAUAUAAACGCUUAAUCUUGGCUAAUCAUGUUUUAAAUUGCACAGUACACUUUAGGCCAUCCCUGUAUAAGCAUCACCCUCCAUGAUUUUCAUCAUCUGAUAAAAUGUUUAAAUAGAAAAAUGAAAGUUAACAUCAAUGUAAUAAUAUAGGUGUUCAAGCAUAAAAAGUGUUCGCUUCCUAAUUGUCCUCUCACUCACUCUUCCCUCCAUCUCACUAUGUUGAAUGGGUAAAGAUGUUCUAAGCAUCUGCUCUCAUCACUGUUCACUCAUCACUGCAUUACUUUCACUCAUUUUUCCCAACCCGUUUUAAAAAUGAAUUGAGCUUUUACUGUAGAUUUCCUUUGCAUCUGAAAGUGCAUAGCCUAUGUCUUUUUGAAGCACAAGUGACUCAAUUGACCAAAACUCUUCUUUUGGACACAGAACCUAAAAUACCAUAAUUUGUUCGACCAACUGCCUUGCUUUGUACAUGAAUGUGAAUAUACUUGAUAUUCUGAUACACGCUUGAUAUUUUGGCAACUUGUUGUGACUUUUUAAAGUAGAAAUGAAUCAUACUUAACUGGGCAUUUUUAGUUAUUCUGGUACUCAUUGGGACUGACUGGACACUGGUGAGAUUUACAGAUUGUAGGGGGCAGUUUAAUGUGGUCAAUCUGUGGUAAUAGAUUACUAAGGGGCUUUAGUUUGUAGAAUACAUAUGUUUACUGUGCAUCUUUCUUGCCCCCAGCUUUUUGUUGUUUUGCUUAGUUUCCCCAUAUAUUUGUAAACUUGACUUGUUAGACCCCAUAGAACUUGACCCGGAUAACCUAGGUAGGCUAUAUUUGAAUGUUACUGCUGUAUAUGGUGUCCUUGCAGUACAUGCUGGCCAAUGUCUGAGUGCUAGUGGGUGAUGUUAAAUGUUUAUAGAGUCUCAAUUUGUCAGCUGUCAUGGUAACCACUUUGUGACUGUUUACAUCUGGUUUACAUCUGGGGUGUGUUGAUGAUCAUGAGCACACUAGGCAUUGUAAUUGAAUGCAGUAUUUGCAGUGCAAAGGGAAAUGUCAUUGAUUUUGUUUUUUACAUAAAAACUCAUAGCCUUGUCAUGAGUAAGUAGCAUCUGUAAUCUAUGAAAUACACAUCAUCUCUUGAGCUACUGUCUUAGAAUUGUUUAACAUAAACAGUUGUAUUAAGCCUUUGUAAUCAGAUGUUUCUUACUCUCAUAACUCUUGUAUGUGAAACAUAGGACCUAAGCCCAGUAAUAAAACAAUUAAAGAAUGCAACAAUUGAGCCUGUUAUCUUACGAGCUACAUAUAAUUUUUGCGUACAGUACGCACAGUUAUCUAAGGCAAAUAGGAGACUUAUACAUAGGGGGAAGAAAUGUUAGUGAGCUUUAUACGUAGAUGUAUUGUAAGCGUUAACAUUACUACCGAUAUGUUGAAUAGUAAUGUAAUUUGUAUUCUAGAACCUUGCUGGGGAUUUGUGGCAUUUAUCUCAUCCUUCCAUCCUUCUCAUGUCUCAUAUCAGUUUUAAAAUAUGCAAAUACUAAUUCUGUGUAACCUCAUGUUCUUUUCAAUGUGACAGAACUUUGAAAGAAAUUAAAAGAGCAUAACAGAGUUGCCUCGCUCUUUGUCAUUUUAAUGUUUUGAUAAUAGAGCUUGUGUGCAAUGGUGCAUCUAAGAC